GCGCUGUCGGAAGGCAGUGCGCAGGCGCGAACGGCGAGGCGCUGGCGGCGGUUGGAGUGGUCGCGGCCCAAGCGGCGACCAUGACCCAGCAGGGCGCGGCGCUGCAGAAUUACAACAACGAGCUAGUCAAGUGCAUCGAGGAGCUGUGUCAGAAGCGAGAGGAGUUGUGUCGGCAGAUCCAGCAGGAGGAGGAUGAGAAGCAGCGUCUGCAGAGCGAGGUGAGGCAGCUGACAGAGAAACUGGCCCGAGUCAACGAGAAUCUGGCGCGCAAGAUUGCUUCUCGCAACGAGUUUGACCGGACCAUCGCAGAGACAGAGGCUGCCUACCUCAAGAUCCUGGAAAGCUCGCAGACUCUGCUUAGUGUCCUGAAGAGGGAAGCCGGGAACUUGACCAAAGCCACAGCCUCGGAGCACAAGAGCAGUGGAGGCAGGGAGAGCUGAGGAGGCCAUUGGUGGGGAGGGGCCUGCCUCCCACACCCCUCAGUGGCUCGAUCCCCAACAAGUCUGUCUUCAAAGCGUCUUUAUUCUUCGUGGUAGCAGCUGCCUCCUUUCGCCGUCUCGGGUGCCAAGAGGCAGUUGCCCAGCUUCACCUGCCCCGGGUGACAAGUACAGCCCUGGGUGCAGCCCACCAGGUGGGGGUCCUGGCCCUGUACUCAUAGGACAUGGGAAGGACAGGCUCUGGGUGAGUUGCGCUCAGGGCGGAGGUCCCCUCACCCCCGCCCCGGGCUGCCAGAAAGACCCUGCUCCCUACUUUCACCAGCACGGCAGCCACCUCACCUCGGUGCCCAGGCCAGGGGAGCAGGGGAGGGGCUGGGGCCCACCCCCUCAGAGCUUGCCCUGGUGGCCUAUGACUGUCAGUAAAGAUUGUCUUUGUGAAGGUA